AAAUCAUAACAUUAAAUAUAGAGGGAUACAAAAAAUAUAACAUAAAAGAUGUCACAACAUAAAGAAGAAAAAAAGACUUUACUAAUAUAGGGUUUGAGAGAAAAUGAGAGAAAUAUUAGAGAAUUCACAUCAAUUCAAAUUUGAGAUGAAAUAAUGGAAUAAUUCAAUAAAAAAAAGUUUGACUAAAGUUAAAAAUAAAUAUAUGAUUUCUUUGAAAAUCUAACUUUUUUAUGAUAAAAGAGGGGAAAAAAAAACUUUCAUUGAGCUAGCAGAGCUAAUUGCUAAAAAAAUAACAAAAAUUUCGUGAUAUUUCGAAAAAUUGGAGACCCUCUUUACCGAAAUUUCGAGGCUAUGAAAUUCGAAACUUCGACCAAAAAUUUUCACUAUGAAAGUAUUAUCAAUUGGCAAUAAUCAAGGCUCCUUUGAAAAAAAAAAUACAUAAUAAUAAUAUUAAAUUAGAAGUCUACGGGCCACAUAUACUUUAUCAUGAACGACAAUAAUUGAAUUCGUAAUGUGCUCUCUUUUUUUUCAGUCUAUAUAAGGGGAGAAAGAGGGUGGACGAUCCAUCUCAUAUCGAAUCAAAGAUAUUUCAAACUUUGCAUAUUUCUUCUUCUUGAAACCCAAAUAUCACCAAAUUCUUUGCUUCAGUUCUUCUUUCUAUCCAAAUAUCAAUGGCCGAAACAAAGUUCUCAAUUAAACUUCACAGCAAUAAUGAUCAAUGUCUCAGUUCUUCUUUCUUCCAAUUACUCUCUGAUAAUUCUCAUAAGGAUUUAAUGAGCUGCACUCUGGAUGAUUCUUUGAAAACUUUGAAUUUGAUUGAUGCUGUCCAUCGUCUAGGUCUCGACUACCGUUUCAAAACCGAGAUUGAUGUCAUUUUACAACACCAAUAUGCAAUUUUUAUCGAUCUCGACGGUGAUCAUAUGAAUGACAACAACCUUCAUGAGGUUGCACUUCGCUUUCGACUUCUAAGACAACAAGGUUAUUACGUGUCUUCAGAUGUGUUCAACGUUUUCAUGGAGGAGGAGGGACAUUUCAAGCAGAAUCUUGAGCAAGACAUCAAAGGGUUAAUGAGUUUAUAUGAAGCUUCACAUUUAUGCUUACCAGGAGAAGAAGAUAUACUCGACGAAGCAAAAAAAUUUAGCUCCAAAAUCUUAAAAGAAUACAUCACAAACAAUAGUAUUGAUAGCAAAGAGGCUAAUAAUGUUUCAAGAACUUUGGCAAAUCCAUAUCAUACAAGCUUCUCAAAAUUCAUGGUCAAAGAUUAUUUUGGAAUAGGAGAUUUAGAUGCCACAAAUAAUGGAUGGGCCAAUGCUUUUCAACAACUGGCCAAAAUGGAUUUCAACAUCGCCCAAAAUAUGCACCAACAAGAACUUUUCCAAUUCAAACGAUGGUGGAAAGAGACGGGUCUAGGUAAAACAUUGCCAUUUGCAAGGGACCAACCACUUAAAUGGUACAUUUGUUCGUUGGUUUGCCUCAUAGAUCCAUGUUUUUCCGAUGAAAGGAUUCAACUUUCAAAAGCCGUCUCCUUUAUCUAUCUUAUCGACGACAUGUUCGAUGUUUAUGGCUCGCUCGGCCAGCUUACAUUGUUCACAGAAGUAGUUAAAAGAUGGGAUGUUACAAUGGCCGAAGCACUACCAGAGUGUAUGAAGAUCUGUUUCAAAUCACUUUACCAAAUCACUAAUGAAAUUAGUAGUAAAAUCUAUAAGAAGCACGCUUGGAAUCCUAUCGACUCUUUACAAAAAUCGUGGGCAAAGCUUUGCGACGCAUUCCUUGUGGAAGGAAGAUGGUUUGCUAGUGGUGAUUCUCCAAGUGCCGAAGAGUAUUUAAGAAAUGGAGUUGUGAGCAGUGGAGUUCAUGUGGUUUUGGUUCAUGUCUUCUUUUUGUUAGGACAAUCAAUUACCAAUCAUACUGUUCAUCUUUUAGACAAUGACCCAAUUAUUAUUUCUUCUGCUGCUACCAUUUUGCGCCUUCAAGAUGACCUGGGAACUGCCAAGGACGAGAAUCAAGAGGGAUAUGAUGGAUCAUAUGUGAAUUACUACAUGAUAGACAAUCAAGAUGCUUCUAUUGAGACCACUCGAAACCACAUUGCCAAUUUGAUUUCAAAUACAUGGAAGAAGCUCAAUAAAGAAUGUUUGUCCUCCAGUAAUCCAUUCCCUCUUCCUUUCGUUGAAGCUUCUUUGAAUAUUGCAAGAUUUGUGCCCAUUUUAUACGGUUAUGAUCAAAACCAAAACCUUCCCACGCUUGAGAAGCUUGUCAAAUGCAUGCUGUAUAAAAAAGUGUAAUGUAAUAAUGAUUAAACUAUAUUUAUACCAUAUUAAAAUGAGCUAUAAUAGGAGAAUUUUCUUCUUCCCUUUUCGUCCAUAUAUAUUUUGACAAUUCCCCUCUUGCCUUUUAUAAGGUAGCUCUCCAAUUGACGUAGUAGUUCUCAUGUGUCUGUUAAUGUUGAAGGGACAUGAUUAUUUGGAUUUGAUAACGAUGAGAC